AUGCAGGAUAUGGUACCAACAACCACAGAUUCUACAGAGAAUGUAGGGGAUUCGAAUGAAAUAAAUCAUGACCAUGGACCUCAAGUAUCGGAUUCAGAUGUUUCUAGAUCAGAUAUCGUAGAUGAUGGGUCUCCUUUAAAGAGGUCACAAUCAGCUAAUGAAGGUUCAAAUGAUAAUAUCAUUACCGCAAAACCUCCAAGAAGAAACAAACCUAAAAUGCAUACACGUACUCCAUCAUAUAAUAAAGUUAACACUAUCAAUCGACCCAACUUGAAUAGAUCGAAAUCCACUGAUGGAAUUGUUAGAAUCAAGAGAAAUAAUAGAUCAUUCACUAAAAUUGCAACCUUACAACCAUUGACUAAAACUUUAUCCAAUCAAUCAUUGAAGUCAAAUAAGUCCAAUACUUCUUUAAAGAAUUUGAAUAUAAAUUUAGCCUAUGGAGGAUUGAAACUUAGUGCUAAACAAGGGAAAGCUAUAUUGAAAUUGAAUGAUGAUAAUGAUGAAUAUGAAGAUUUAAGUGACGAAGAAGCAAAUGAACUCGAAAAUAGUGCUGAACUUUUAGCUCAACAGCUGCUCCAACAACAGCAACCAACCCCUGAGCAACAGGCAACACCACUUCCCGAACCCGAACAACCGCAAGAAGCUGAAAUUUCAAAUAACACUCAAGAUAAUGAUAUGCAACACGUAUUCCAACAGGCUUUAGGUCAAUACGUAUCAGAACCUGAAGUUAAUAAGGAGAAUCAUCUUUCACCAUCACCACGACCGGAAUUAUACACUUCAGGUGUUCAAUCGGAUCCAUUAAUCAAAACCGAACCUUUGGAUUCUCAUCCAAAACAACCAACAACGCAUAAUAUUCAAGAAGCCCUUAGAUCAAAAUCACCUGAAUCACCAUCAUCUCAGGAAGGACUGAAACAAGAUAUCACUACUGAACAAUCGGAUGAUAGAUUAAAUAAACUACCCGAUUCAACUGAUGAUUUAACACCUUCAAGUAAUUUAUAUGGAGGCUCAUUAUUUUUGUCACAGUCCACUGGUCUUAUAAGGAAAAUAGAUCCCAAACAAAUGGAAUAUCCUAGUGAAGGGAAUGAAGGGGAGUCUUAUAAUGACUCUAAUGGUGGUAUUUCAUUCAAAGCCAAUCCAAUAGAUUUGAAUGUGGCUGAACCUGUACUCACAAAUAAACCAGCAGUGAAAUUGAAUUCAUAUCAACCUAAUCAAACAAUCUUCAAUAAUUUACAAAGAACUAAUAAUCAAUACGUGAAUUCUAAGAAACAAUCACAACAAAAGGCUAGUGAUGAAAAGAAUGGAAUUGAACCAGCAAAAUCUAGAGCUAUUCCUCCUCAACAUAUUCAACUCAAAGAUUUAGGAGUUACUGAUUUUGCUAAUUUCUUGAAUAAUAAUGUUAAUUUGAAUGAUGGGAAUGAUAAUAGAACACAACAAAGAUUAUGGUUACAAAGAGAAAAUUCAUUAAUGGAUGUUUCAAUAGAUCCCAAUCAAUUGGCCAAUUUUUCCAGUUUAUCAUUGAACAAAUUAAUGUUUGCUCAUAAUUAUAAUCAAAGUAAUCAACAUUUGAAUCAAAUGACCCCUCAAACACCUUCAGGAGGUUUCCAAUUAGGUAUGACGCCUAUAAAUAAUGAAUUACAAAAUCAUCAACCAGGAGGUAUUGUUACGGCUAAUCAUCAAAGUGCUUCAGUACCCCAUCAAAAUAAUGGUGUUAAUGUCAGUGUAACUAGUGUUAACAAUAGUUCCAGUACAAGUCAAUCAACUACACCCAAUGAUAAUCCACCAUUACAAAAUUCCGUGUCUACCACCAAUAUUAAUGGAUUAUUAUAUAUGUUACAAAAUGGAUCAACGAACUUAAUCCAAUCAAGAAUUGAAUUCGAAAGAUUGAAUCGUGAAUAUCUUAAUGUUCGUAGAUACUUGAAUCCAAUUGGUGUUAGUCUCAAUAGAGUUAAAAAUAACACUAUAAAAAUUAAAAAACUGAAUGAUAAGAAAGAUGUGAAUAAUGAUGCCAAUACAUUUGAAGAAUUUUCACCCAAUUUUAAAGAUAAAGAAGAAGAAAUUAACAAUACUUUGAAUAAAAUCUGGCAAGAUGCAUUAAUUCUGACUUCAUCAGUAGCUCAAAACCAAAGUAAUACCAGUUUAAAUGCUUCAAUGCAAAGACCUCAAAUUGCAAGAUUACCUUCAAGAAAUCAAUACAUGAAUUUAAGAAAUUCACAAACCCCAACUACAAGAGCCGUAAAGUUUGCUGCCGCUCAAGCAGCUGCUAAUAGGCAAUAG